GUCCUGCAACCCCAACUUCCAAGUCCAAGAACGGGCCUCCUCCCCACGCAAAGUGUUGUUGUCUCGCGCCCAGAACCACCACCCCACCUGUUUUGGAAAAAGGGCCAUCCCUUAAUGAGGGUAAGGUAGUCAACAUGGAGCUCAGCCCACAUGCCAUCAACAGUGUCAUCCAUCCCACUGCGGCUUUUCUCACGGCCCCGACCUCGGUCACGGACUCAUCUGGUACUACCGACGAUGAAAGCGCCGUCUCAGUCCCAUGGCAGGAGUCUCAGCUCAACCCCAAGAACCGGAUCAACAGUCUCGCUCCUCUGGAGUCUCCCUUGUGGCGUAUCGAUGGCUGCACCUCGUUCGGCUCGCAGUUCUACGUCAUACCUCUCUUUAUGCGCCCCAUUCCGAUGAGAAUUGAUGUCUUCAUCCCCGAGCUAUCUAGACAGCCGCAUUUGAUACGAAAUUUGCUGGAACUAGAUCACGCCUUCCACACCAAGGAUCGAGUUCGUCUUUCCAGGCUUGCCAUCUCUAUGCACAUUCUGCGGAGGCUCCAGACUUGGACCAAGUCCCUGCCUGACCGAGAGCGAUACUUGAACAGCCUACCCUUUGGCUCUCGCAUCGUCUUCAAGAACCUAUCUCUAGACGUAGACCAAAUCGAAAUCGCCGUCGCCCAGACGCAUUCUUUGGAGGUCUAUCAGUUUUCAGUCCCGCAACUCCAGGCUGCCUGGGGGCACGAUAUCCUUCUGCCCCCCUGCAUCGACAUCGCCGAUGUGCGCGUUGUCGAGCAGAUUCAUGACAGUACCUGCCUUGUCAGCAUUGAUGGCAAGUUCUGGAUUCUCAAGGCGCUGACGAGCUUCCCCAAAUAUCUCUACCACGAAUUGAAGCUGCUUCUCACCAUGAAACCGCAUCCCAACAUCGUAUCGCGGCCAGCGCACCUCGUCACUAAACGAAUAAGUUUCGGAUCCAAGAGAUCCGUGCUCGGGUUCACGCUCGAGUUUCACCGCCAUGGCACUCUGCGCGACAUCGUGCCUUUACUCGGGUCCAGCGGCUCCUUGAUGUUAUCUGAGCAGUUCAAAUGGGCCACUCAGAUCACCUCUGCGUUGAUACACCACCGAGAGACAACAGGAACGUUCUAUCCGGACCUUCGGCUCGAUAACAUAGUGCUUUCCGCCGAAAGGGAUGCCAUCAUGGUGGACUUUGAGCAGCGUGGUGUCUGGUGCGAGUUUGCCGCACCCGAGGUCAACUGCAUUGAGUAUAUCCGCAUUCUGGCUACGGCGUCUGACGACGACAUACCUGCAGAUGUGAGGCAAAAAUACGCAGACAGGAUGGAACAGCUCAUGCCGGGCUACGAGCCGUUGCUCGAGAGGCAGCAGUACACUAACCCGCCCGGUGGCUACAAUGUCUCCUGGCUUUCCCUGAGCCCACGUGAACAGGGGGCGGCCGAGGUGUACAUGCUGGCGAGGGUUCUGUGGUGCAUAUUCGAGGGCGUGAGCGCGCCCCAGAAGGCCACCAUUUGGGUCUCGUACCGCUGGGAAUCGCCCUUGCAGUUUCCCGAGUAUCGUCGCACGCCGCCUCCGGUGCAGCGCCUGAUCGACCAGUGCACCAAGGGCCGGCGGGCCACGCUAGAUUCCAAGGUCAUACGGCAGGGUAGCAGGCUCGUUCUUCGCGAGACUCCAGACCCUUCGCAGUCGUACCCGGACGCUGUGUACCGUACGGCUCGGGACUGGUGGAGAGACGAGGUUGCUUGGGCCGAGGAUUACCUGGCAACUAGGGAGCGCAUGAAGAAGAGUGGCGAGUGGAACGAUAACCCUUAUGACCGUCCUGGCUUGAGGGAGGUGCAGGAGAGAUUACAUAGCAUAAAAUCUGACAUGGGUGUACCCUAGGCAGGUAGGAAGAUCUUCGAGACUGGGUGCCGAUAACUUCAACAUGGCCAGAGGUGCCUAAUAUGCGGAUAAUCUUAGAAAAUCGACCACGGUCAAUUAAAUUUGGCUCUCUGUUGGCUCUCGUUUCUGAGAUCAGUCGAUGAGGGGGAGUGACUUGUAUGAACUGUCUGUCUCUCGGUUAUCACGGCGGAAUGUA